AUGGCAAAUGAAGAAGAUUUCGUGGGAUUUGGGGACACCUUCAAGGACCCGGAAGGGUUUUACCCUCCUGAGAAAGAACCCACCUUCGCAGAGCACCAGUUGCUCACCGGCCAGACGGUGCGCGUGCGCCUUGUCGGCAGUCAUCCUCUCUACGGUGAUCUGCUGUGGAACGCCGGCCGGACGAGCGCCACAUAUAUAGAAGAGAAAGCUAGUUCCCUUGUCGAGGGGAAAGAUGUCUUAGAGAUUGGGGCUGCGGCAGGUGUCCCGAGCAUCGUUAGUGCAGUCAAAGGAGCUCGUACCGUCGUCAUGACCGAUUACCCUGAUCCGGACCUGGUCGAGAACAUGCGAUACAAUGCCUCGCUCUCAGCGGCUAUCAUUCCGAGCUCGUCGUCCCUUUAUGCUGAUGGAUACAAAUGGGGUGAUCCGGUUGAACCGUUGACGGCGUAUCUCCCCAAGGGCUCAAACAGUUUCGACCUUCUGAUCAUGGCCGACGUGGUGUACAGUUAUCACGAGCAUCCCAAUCUGAUCAAGGUCAUGCAGAAGGCACUGAAGAAAUCCAAGGACUCCGUCGCGUUGGUGGUCUUUACACCUUACCAGCCCUGGCUUCUUCCCAGGAACCAGACUUUCUUUCCAUUGGCAGAGCAGAGCGGGUUUCAGGUCACCAAGAUCUUCGAAAAGGUCAUGGAUAAGGUCUUGUUCGAGAACGACCCUGGUGUAGGUUUGACGACCUCUCUCAUAAUGCGUUUGCUGACAAGGCUGCAGGACGAAUUACUUCGUAGGACGGUAUUCGGAUAUGAGAUUCGGUGGGCUCCGGAUCAACUGAAUUGA